AUUGAGUCGCUGAGUGGGGUCUUUCGUCCUAUCGUUUCUUAUAACAGGAAGAUUGAAGCCGAAGGCGGUUGAUCAAAAUGCCAAAGGAAAUGGCGGACGGUGGGAGGAGGCUCGUGGCACUCGACGACCUCAUUGAUGUCUUGGAUAAGCGCGAGAGGGCGCCGAGCAAUGUCCCAAAGGUUGAGACAUUCCAUUUCAAGGGGAAACGGGUGUCUGACUGGUUGGAUCUGACAGAGCAGGCGCUGGUAGGACUGUCAGAUGAGGUCAAGAUCCAACGGGUCCUAAGGUACCUCCUGCAUAGUCACCAUCGGGAAGUAAGUAAGGUCGUGGACGCCGCCAAUGGCAGUUGGGCGAGGUUUGGGGACCUGAUGCGGAGAAAGUACAGGUUGGGGGACGGCCUGUUGAUCAUGGCCGACUUGGAGGCCAUGAACAAGGAAGACUUCUCUACCAUUGGGGCGUUCGUGCACGAAUUUAAGAAAAAGGCGAGGAAAGUGCAUGGGAUUUCCGAGGAGGCGCAGUGCGCUACAUUUUUGGGGCUGCUUACGGGCUUGGAGGCCGCGGAGCUGAUGAAGCAUGGGGAAGGGAGUGAGAAGCUCACCUGGGCGACUAUAGACAAAGGAGUGGAAGAUGGGAGCCUGGACCAGGUGGAGCAGCGCCAGAUGAGGCUGCAGAGGCGCAAGAGGAAGGAAAGGGAUGCUACUACAUCCGGGACCCGUGGGGUGAAGAGAAUUGUCACGGACGUACUGGCGGCACUGGGGUAUGACAACGAAGCGGAAGUACAGAAAAGAGGGGUGAUAGUGGCCCAAGGUCGGGCGUCAGGGGCGACAGAUGAAGAGGCUGGACGCGAAGACUAUGGAGGGGAGGAGACAGGGUCCCAAGCCCUGACUAAGGCCCAGAGGAAGCAGCGCAACCUGCUGCUGGGAGGGCAGGGAUCAGGAAAAGGGCAGGCUCCCCAAGCCAUUGCUGCACCGUCGCCUGUCGCCGCGGCCGUGCCAGCGCCAGCCGGGCCAUCGCACAUGGGGCCGCCACCAGCUUGCGGACACUGGGAGGAGGAAGAGGAGGGUGAUGACGAAGAGGAUGAGAGGCUCCGGCAGGAGGAGGACCAGCGAGCCGAGCAGAGGGCCAAGAAGAGAGAGAUUCAGGGAGAGAUGGAGUCGAGCCUGCACGACGGCGCGCCAAAAAGGAAGAAGUACGUGGUCCGGCUAGAGGAGGGCUUUGACGUGGAGCGAAUGGUGGAUAAGCUUCUGGAAGGUCACAAUGAUUUGAUGAAUCUAAAAGACAUCUUGGCGUCGGCACCAAGGCUCCGUGGUGAGCUGAAAGGGCGGUUUUCACGAAGGUUAGUGCCCAACGUCCACCUGAGCUCGAUUUUGUCCCGGGAGAUAGAGUGGACAGAGGCGGGUACCAGGAUGGAUUGGAAGUGUGUGGCGUGUGGGUUGGUGGAUCUGAAGGUGAGGGAUCAGCCGAGCAUCGCAAUGGUGGACACGGGCGCUGAAAUGAAUAUUAUUUGGGAGCGAGAUGCGACCAUGCUAGGGUUGGAGGUGGACCUCUCGGAUCAUGGUGUGCUGCAUGGCGCCAACUGUAAGGCAAUUUUCUGCGGCACCGCGUCUAACGUAAUGGUGGAAAUUGGGAAGGUAAGGGCACAAACGUGUUUCUUCGUCAUGCUCGAUGUCGAUCACCCUAUCCCUCUGGGGAGGUCUUUCCUCUGCCGAACAGAGACCUUGGUUUUCAAUAGGCAUGAGGGGACAAUGAUCCUGGCCCUAUCUGAUCCGGCUUGCAGGAACUAUGAGAUCAUCAAGUGCCGGAACACAGGACCCGGAAGUGGGAGGAACAGGCUCAACCUCGGCUCCUUUACCUUUGAGGAGUCUGAGUACGUGCGGCGAAGGCUCCGAGAGGAACAAGAGGAGGAAGGAGGGGGCGAGGUAUUGUCCUUGAGCCUUAACGAUGUGAAUAAGGCGAUGGAGGUGGUGACGGCGCAUGAUAUGGCGGACCCUGAGGUUAUAAAGGCAUUGAGGGAGCAGGCAGGGCCGUGCCGAAUCAAUGAUGAGAAUGAGGUGGGGCUGAUAAUUGGCGAACCCGGCUUCCUUUCACCCCAGGAGAGGACCUUGAUGGUAGAGACCAUGAAGAGGAGGCAUUGCGCAUAUGCGUUUAAUGACGACGAGCGUGGGAGGUUGGACGUGCAUAAGAUCCCAAUGAUACGAAUCCAUACUGUCCCACAUGAGCCGUGGAAUCUGAAGGGCGCGCGAUACCCGAAUCCGGAUGAGGAGAAGAAGGUGGUGGACUACCUGGAUGGGAAGAUGCGGACGUACGUGACAGACUACUCCAGUGGACCGUAUGCCUCCCCUUGGUUUUGUUUUAUCAAGCCGAACGGGACGCUACGGUGGGUGCAGGAUUUGCAACGAUUGAAUGCAGUGACGGUGCGGGACGCGGGAGGAUUGCCGAACGCGGACGCCCUGUCAGAGUCAUGCGCAGGAAGGCCUAUAAUCUCACUUAUAGACCUUUAUUCUGGGUAUGACCAGUUUCCUGUAUACCCGCCGGAUAGGCCGGUGACGGCGAUGCAUACGCCGAGGGGGCUGAUUCACAUGAAUGUAGCCCCUCAGGGGUGGACUAAUGCGGUAGCGAUGGUGCAAAGGCACAUGAUUAGGGCUAUGCAGACGGUUAGUCCACAUAUCACCCAGCCCUACAUUGAUGAUCUGGCGGUCAAGGGUCCAAAGGAGAAGGAGGAAGACGAAGUGAUGCCAAGAGUGAGGCGGAGGCUCAUUUUGAGGGUGGACCCUACUGCGCUUGCGUGUUCCCUGAAAAGUUAUACUCCAUCUGACCCAACCAUCGCGAGGUGGUUGACUUACGUUUGGAUGUUUAACUUUGAGUUGGAGAGGAUUCCAGGGGACAAGAACAGGGCAGAUGGGCUGAGCCGUAUCAACUGGGACGGGGCUAAUCAGGAGUCCAUUGAGGACACCCCACCAGUCGAUGGGUUCUUGGAUCAGGAGGAGGAUGUCCGCCUCCACAUAAAUGAAUGGUCGUUGAGGGUGCCUAGCUGCGUCACGCACCCCAUAUGGCUAGCGCCAAAGGGGUACGAACGAAAGGAGUGGGUCCUCAAGCCCUUCCAAGAAGAAGAUCCGUGGGGGAGUAGGGAUGUUGGCUGGAUGAUGAAGUUGGCAUUGGCAGGUACACAUAGUCUGGCAGAAAAAGUAAGGACGAUAGAGGAAGGCCCAACCCAGGCAGAGGAGCAUGAACAAUUAAUGGGAGGGAUGUAUUUGCUCACUAAUACGCUCCUGCAGGGGAGCUUUAACCAAAUGGACUCAUUUGGUCCUGAGGGAAGCGAACUUCUUGUUCCUGAAAGCCAGGACGAUGAGUUCGAAGAGGGAGAGAUCAGGGAGACCUUCCGUGCAGAAGAGUAUGACGGGAUCUAUCGGGAGUUGGGGUUACUCCUGUCAUGCGAGAUAAGGGAUAGGGACGCAAGUGCUAAAGCCCAGAAGAUGAGGCAUCUCUACGUAGUAAGAGAUGACCAUCUGUUUAUAAAGCGAAAUGUCGUAAACCCCAAGAGGAUUGUAUAUGGGAGAAACCGGCAGAUCGAUGUCAUAGCAGCCCUACACGAUGGUAUAGCAGGGGGGCACAGAGGGGUUAGUGCCACGUGCGCAAAGAUAAGCGAAUUGUACCAUUGGGACGGGAUGCUGACUAUGGUCAUCAAAUACUGCCAGUCCUGUGUACCUUGCCAGCAGAGGUCAAUGCAAAGGCCAGGGGAACCCCUGCACCCAAGGUUAGAGAGGGAAGUGGGUGCAGUCGUGCACCUGGACCUGUUGUUCAUGCCAGCUGGGGAAAAUGAGUGUAAUUACAUAUUUGAUGCACGGGAUAACCUCACUGGAUUUGUGGACGGUUGGGCUAUCCGGACGAAGAAAGGCCCAGUGUUGGCAAAUUAUAUCGAGGAGUACUACCUGGGCUAUACCUUUGUCAAAGAGUUCGUGAUGGACCGAGGUUCGGAAUUCACCUGCAAUGAGGUGCGAACCUUGCUUGCGGGGUAUGGCGUGGUGGCUAACUACACUACGGUCGCGCAUCCGCAAGCGAACGCACCUGUGGAAAGGGGGCACAAUACCAUCACAAACCUCUUGGCUAAGUGGACGGAGGGUAGGCCGGGUCAGUGGCUGAAGUUCCUACGAGCGGCUUUCUUUGUGGAGAACGUUACAGUAAAAAAAAUUACCAAGUAUGUGCCAGCCACACUAUGGUACGCAAGGCAUGCCACCUUUCCCAUCGAGAGUUUCAUGAAGACGUGGAGGCGCCAGGACCUGGAAGUGAACCUGUCUUUUGAAGAGUUGCUCGAUAUUCGGGCACGACAGGUGGGAGCUGCUGAGGAAAGAUUGCGAGAAGCCGCUGGUCAGGUAGAGAGGAGCCGCAUGGAGGACAAGAUGAGAUGGGAUCAGAUGACCCGUGUAAGGAAGGAUCCGCUGAAAGUUGGAGAUGCGGUACUGUUGUCUGACUUCUCGAAGGCAGUCAUGCAGAGGGGCGGGAGGGAUGCACGGCCACGACAGGGGUCCCAGAGGGCGGCAGGGAGAGGCGAGCAACAUGAGCCGCCUAGGAGGGAGCCUACGCCUGAGUUCGACGACGAUAACAUAGAGCUCUUCCUGGACGUGUAUCGGGAUCAUGCGACACAAAGAGGAUGCGCUGAGCUGAGGCCGCCUUCACCAGCGCCAUCAGGGCAGGAGCCGGACGUACCAGGGGAGACGCCAUUCCGGAGCUUAGCAACUCACCUCGACGUAUCUCGAUGGGAGGCUUCACGGUUGGGGGAGGGCUCAGUUGAGCCGACGCGCUAUGUGCUGUUAGAGGAGCCUCUGGACCCCGAGACGGAGACGGGCAUACGAGAUCGAGAGGAGCCGCAGGAUCCUGAGAUGGCAGCCGAGCAGCCGGAUCCGAGCCUAGUUAUCGGGGGACCUGCUCUAGCGGAGUCAUCACUAACAUUGCCAUGCACGGGCAAGAGGAUGGGUGCCGAGGCGUCGACUCAGGAAGGCCAGGGGCCGCGGGUGAGAGGAGCCUCAAGAGAAACCCGUGAAGAGGAGUCCGCCAGAGUGCGAGUUCAUUUGGAUGAAAUACACGCGAGGCAGGCUGAGAUGGAGGCGGCAGGGAUAGAGCCGAUGCCGCCGGUCGAUCCCAAAACGAGUGAGCAGCGGAUCGACGAGUUGUGGGCGAGGUACGAGAGCCAGAGGGACGCAGCCUGCCAAAGGUCACGAGAGACGGGACAGGCAGACGAGAAGGCGGGUGAACUGAGGGAGAUGGGGGACUUGAGGUUCUCCGCGACUAGGAUGGCGAUUGAGCAUGAGGAUAGGAGGAUAUGCGAGACGACAGUUACAUCCUUCCAGUGGUAUAGUCUACUCAGCGAUGAGCUCAAGGUCAGAGAGUUGGAGGUGGAGCACCUGACUACUCAGCUUGCCGAGGAGAGGGCGAGGAACCAGGCCAGAGAGGUUGAGUGGAAGAGGAGAUUUGGGGAGAUGGCGGCCACUGUGGAUAGGCUCUCGGCAGCCUGGGAGGCUAGCCAGGCGGGACGAGCCGGUGCCGAUGGCCGGGGCCGAGGGAUGCAGGCUUCGCCGAGUCGGGGAGCAGUGGUGGAGGCCCCUCGACGGGCUGGGCCAAUGGGGGAGGUGCCCCUGGACACGGCCGAGGAGGAGGGUGGCGCCCAGGAGUCACUUAUGGCGAUGUCCACAGAGAGAAGAGGCUCACGUUUGCAGGAGCUGGCAGCAGCCAUGGGGAUAGGUACUCCGCAGGAGAGGCCUCAGAGGCCUGACGCCCCAGACUACGCCCCAGGGCUGAGAGAGUUGAGGGCGGAGUUGGGCUCCUGGGCCACAGGGACGGACUCAAGAGGACGACUCAGGACGGCAGCAGCAGCAGAAGGUCAUGAGUGAGCCAGCCACUGUGGCGGGCUCUCAGCCGUCAGGGUCAUGUGGGGAUGUGGUUGUGACGGAGAGGCCUCACGAGGAGGGGGCCCGAGAGUUGGGCACGCCAGACCACGAGC